GGAGGAGGAGGAGGGGAGGUCCUCUCGUUCAGACCCGGCUGCGAGUAAGCGAAGCGGCGCUCGGCUCCAGUCAAACCUCUCCCUCUGCGCUUAUUCCUCCAGCGGUGGAGAAAAAUUCAAGUUUGCGAGCGGCUGCAACGACAGGAGUUGGACCCGAAGGUGGGAUGCCGCUGAUGGAAAUGAUCAUCUUCUCAUUCAGCCUCCUGCCUGCAGGACCUUUCCAUUAAAUUACAGCUGAGCCGCCCUCUCUCUGGAGAAGGGGAUUUGAUUCAGGUACUGCCGAUUCAGCGCGCCAGAGACAUGAACUGAGAGCGAGGAGCACGACGCCUGUUUCUUGAGAAAACCUUUCCGAGAUCUCACAGCGGGGAAAACCAUGAGGUUGCAGAGGAGCCCGGGACUGGCCGCCGUGAUGGCCGUGGUCGCCUGUGCUUGUGCCUUUCAUACGAGUGCAGCCAUCGACAUCCCACUGGAAGUUUUAAGUCUCAUAAACAUUGAGCAGCUGCCCACCAUCACGGCUCAGUCGCCCAGCUCUCUCAUCGCGUUCCCUUUCGACGACAGCUUCCCCAUGACGUGUGAAGCCAAAGGGAAUCCCGAGCCAGAAUUCACUUGGACAAAGAAUGGCCAGGAAUUCGACCCCUUUCUAGACCCCCGCCUGUUGAAAGAAGAGAAUUCUGGGACCUUUGUGAUACCCAAUAAUGGGAACCUUACAGAGUACCAGGGAACCUAUCGCUGUUACGCCUCAAACAAACUGGGGACCGCCAUAUCCAAGGAGAUUGAGUUCAUUGUGCCCAGUGUUCCUAAAUUCCCUAAAGAGACGCUUGACCCUGUGGUGGUGGAGGAGGGCCAGGCUUUCACUUUAAAAUGUGACCCGCCUAAAGGAAUUCCUCCUCUGCAGAUCUACUGGAUGACUAUCAAUCUCCAGCACAUCGAGCAGGACGAGAGGGUUUCCAUGGGCUUGAACGGAGACCUUUACUUUUCCCACGCCGUGGAGCGGGACAGCCGGAGGGACUACUGCUGCUUCGCCGCCUUCCCGAGGAUACGGACCAUCGUCCAGAAGACCGCCAUGUCCGUCAUCGUCAAGACAAAGAAAAGUGACAGCCCUGAUGGUGGUGCUAAUGCAAUCCGGGACAGAAGACCCACUCUUAUGACGCCCUCUGGUGUCAGAUCAGAGACACGGCUGGUGAAGGGAGAAGACUUGGAGUUGGAGUGUAUUGCUGAAGGAUUUCCAACUCCGCAGGUCGAAUGGGAGAAGAUAGGCCAUCAACUUCCUGCCAAAGCAAGUCUGGAGAAUCACGGGAAACUGCUGUACGUGCCGAGAGCCGAGCAGGAGGACGGGGGGAAGUACAUGUGCAAGGCCAAGAACAGGCUCGGAGAGGCCGUCCACUACUUCACAGUCACAGUGGAGGAGCCUCCGGAGUGGGACUUGGAGCCCGAGAGUCAGCUCAGUAUGAUCGGCUCAGAGGUGCGCAUCAAGUGCUCGGCCACUGGGACUCCUCAGCCGACUACUACGUGGAGGGUGAACGGCUUACCUCUGCAGGACUCCCCGGCAGCCAACAGGAAGAUGGUCGGCGAUGAGAUAGUUCUGCAUAACCCCAAAGCUUCUGACAGCGCAGUCUAUCAGUGUGAGGCCUCCAACAGGCACGGAACCCUCCUGUCCAACGCCAACAUCAUGAUCAUGAAUCUGCCCCCUAUGAUUUUGACCAAAGACAGGGAGGAAUACUCAGCCGUGGAGAGGAAGGGGCUGACGAUGCACUGCAAGGUCUUCAGUUCUCCCCCCUCCAUGAUCACUUGGAGCAGAGACGAUUCGCCUGAAUCUGUGGAGGGACCCAGGUUCACCGUUCACGACAACGGCUCGAUGGAGAUUUACGGCGUAGAGAAGGAGGACAUGGGCCAGUACACGUGCUUGGCCAAAAACACGGAGGGGUCGUCCGCCAUCACCGCCGUGCUUUAUGUAAAAGAUCCCACUAGGAUAGUGGUGACCCCAGAGGACCAGCAGAUCUUAAUAGGCACCACAGCCCAACUCUCAUGCCGGGCAGAGUACGACAAGUCCUUCAGCAAUGACUUUGAGCUCCUGUGGGAAAAAGAUGAUAUGGAGAUAGGCCUCAACUACACCGAGAAUUCAAGAUACUUUCUGGAAGACGGGAUUCUUCACAUUUUCAACGUGAGCCACAUUGACCAGGGUGUGUACACCUGCGUGGCAAAGACUCCAGUGGACCGGGACACGGCCACAGCCCGGCUCACGGUCUUAGAUGUCCCAGAUGCACCUGAGAACUUGGUAUUGUCUGAACACAAGAGCAGAAGUGUGACGCUGAAAUGGAUCCCCGGGGACGAUCACAACAACUCAACCACGGAGUUUAUCAUCGAGUACGAGGAGAGUCAGUGGGAGCCGGGCAAUUGGAAGGAGCUGCUCCGAGUCCCCGGGAACCGCAACUCGGCCGUCCUUAAACUCCACGGCCACGUCGACUAUAGCUUCCGCGUGGCCGGCGUCAACGGCGUGGGGAAGGGUCCUGUCAGCGAGCCCACGGGGAGAUACAAAACCCCAGCGGCAGCCCCCGACAAGAACCCUGAAAAUAUCAAAAUCGAAGGUCAUUUGCCGCAUGAAAUGAAUAUCAACUGGGAGCCGUUGUUACCCAUUGAGCACAACGGCCCCGGUCUGGAGUACAAGGUGAGUUACAGGCGACAGGAUGUGGAGGAAGACUGGAAGGAGCACACGGUGAAGAGGCACUCAUUCGUCGUUGGGAACACCCCCACCUUUGUGCCCUACGAAAUCAAGAUCCAAGCCAGGAACCAUCAGGGCUGGGGGCCCGAACCCAAGAUAGUGACCGGUUAUUCAGGAGAAGACUUUCCCUCUGCAGCGCCUGAUGAUGUAGCUGUGGAGGUGAUGAACAGCUCAGUGGUCAAGGUUAGCUGGACACGAGUACACAAGGACAAGCUACAUGGACAUCUGGGAGGCUACAGGGUAAACUGGUGGCGUCUGCGCAGCCUGGUGAACUCGAAGAAGAGCCACGGAGACAAACACACGCUGGCGAUCCCCGGGGAUCGGAACCACGCCACGGUACCGGGACUCACGCCCUUCUCCGAGUACAGCCUCAUCGUCAUGACCUUCAACGGGAGGGGCAACGGCCCAGGAAGCCAUCCCGUCAACUUCAAAACCCCAGAGGGAGUCCCAGAGAAAAAUGCUGUUUUCAGGGUCACAGAUGUACAGAGGCACACCGUGUCUCUGGCCUGGGCCCCGCCAUUGGAGCCUAAUGGGAUUCUCACUGGAUACCUCCUGGAGUACCAGCUCAUUAAUGACACGGAGGAAGUGGGACCACCGCAGACGGUCGACAUCAGCAACCCUGACACCACCACGUGGAUCCUGCGAGACCUGGAGCCUGUGAGCAAGUACAAGCUGUACCUGCGCUCCUGCACCACGGUGGGCUGCGGGCCCGUCGUCACCGAGGAGUGCACCACCACCCUGGAAACAACUUCCACUUUGGCUUCCACUACUGGGCUCAGCAAGUCAGCUUCCCCCUCACUUCCAAGCACUCCAAAGCCCCCAGUGACCAAACCCACUCGUUCCACCAUAGUCCCGGCCCUGUUGAACGUUAGCUCGGCCGUUAGCGACAGCUUUGCAAAUAUCAGCUGGAUGUCCGGAGGAGCCCACACAGAGUUUUUUAUUGCCUAUAUGAACAACCGUGAGGGUCACUGGAAGAUUUCAGAGGCCUUAAACUCCUCUAGGACUUUCCACGUCAUUGAGGGGCUUGAGCCUGAGACUGAGUACACUGUGCGGCUAAUUCCCAACAGCGGGGUUCAUAAUUCUAGCAUAUUUGAAGAUGUUAUCACGACCGGGUCUACAGGUCUGGCCAGCGUCCACGGAGGAAUAUCCACCCAGGGCUGGUUUAUCGGCCUGAUGUGUGCCAUCGCUCUCCUCACACUCAUUGUGUUGAUCGCCUGCUUUGUCAACAGAAAUAAAGGAGGGAAAUAUUCCGUAAAGGAAAAAGAAGACCUUCACCCAGACGUGGAGUCCCAGGGCAUGAAUGACGACACAUUUUGUGAAUACAGUGACAAUGAUGAGAAGCCACUGAAGGGCAGCCAACACUCUCUGAGCAGGGAGAUCAAAGCGGGGGACAGCGGGGACAGCCUCGUGGACUACGGCGACGAGGAUGUUCAGUUCAAUGAAGACGGCUCCUUCAUCGGCGAGUACGCCGGGCGAAAAGAGAAGAGGGCGUCCGUCGAGAUCAAAGCCACCAUUCAGACCCCGGCGUGAGCAGCGGAGCCGCCGUGGGAAACAGGAAACAGACAUUAUCCAUACUGAGCACAGGUUUUGUGUCAAAUGUAAUGCGUCAUUGCCAACUGCACACUGCCAUUCUCAUUUUAUAAAGCUCUGUUUUGUCAAGUUGCAACAGAAUGAGCAUUACUAAAUACUGUGUAUAUAUAGUGUAUAUUGUAUGUGCGGAGUGUCUUGUUUUUAUAAUUAUUAUUACACACAGAUUUAGAGGACUUGGAUUUUCUUUCUUUCUUUUUUUUAUUUCCAUCACUUUUAAGUGUAAACUGUUUGUCCCCCCCUUUCCCUUCUUUUCCCAUCAUUGUAUGGAGCUCUGCCUCGGAUGUCACCUUACAGCAGGCCACAGAUAUGUGGGGAUAUCAAGUUUUUUAAUCGGGGAAAAGAUUACUGACCUUUUAUAUUGGAAAGGGAUUGAUUAAAUACGAUGUAAGAUGUGUAUAAAGGUUUGCUUAUUAACUUAUUUUUUUUUUCCAGUGGUUUUAUACCUGACAGAAUAACAAAUUCACAUAUCGUCAAAUAUCAUAAACUUUGAUUCUUAAAUCUCCCGGUGACGUGAGGAGGAGGCAGUAUUAUUUCCAUAUUGUUUAUGAGCGUUUAGAUCUGUUACACGGUGUAACUGUAUACAGUCUAGCUUCUGUCUGCAUUUGCAGCCCAAUACACGUUAAAGAAAGUUGCAAAAAUGUAAUUUUCCAUCAAAGUUUUUAAACUGCCAGUACUUGCUGUGAGUUCAUAAUUCAGAUAAGGAAGGUUUUAGUUGAGCGUUAUAGGCUUUAAUUUAUAGUUUGAUGUGUCUUUUAGAGGCUAUGCUAAAUAUGAAGCCAUAGGCAACUGUUAGCUUAGCUUGACAUAAAAACUGCUGAUGGGGAAACGGCUAACUUAGCUCAAAGGUAAAAAGAAAAACAAGUUAAUUUAAAAAAAAAGUGAAUACGCUUUAUUAAAAAAUCCCCUAUAACAAUAUUGUCUCAAGGUGUUUUAAAGAAUCCAGAUCCUAAAAUAAGUGCUUCACAUGUUCUGGUAGAAGGGUUUUGAAAAGGUAGCCGUUUCCCUCCAUUUUCAGUUUAGCUAACCAGCUAACCGGCUGCUAGCUCGGGCUUCAUAUUUAGGACAUGCAUGUUUCUCAAAAUGAUUUCUUUAAAGUGUUACUAUAGUAAAUUAGUUCUUCCCUUCCAAAAUACUGAAGGGCUCGCACACAGACACACACUUAAAAAAAAAAUGGUUGAAAUCAAAAGAAGCCAUGAUAUCAUGUAUUUUUAUAUGAGUCAGUCUCCAAAUCGCUGGAUCCCACAUUUCCCACAAUGCCUCUUUUAAGUCCAUGGCGACUUAUCCCAGAGAUUUACAGGGUAAUUUUCUCAGACUUGAGGAGGCCGAGGUGUUGCAGUGGAUUUAUGAACAGUUUUUUGUAAUCAGAUGACUUUAUCUGGUGGCAUGGUAUUUUACGCGUGCUGAUUCAGAAUGCUGUAGUAUUAAAUGAAGUGUUACAUCAGUCUUAACAAGCCUUACUUCCAAUAUACUGCCAUUCAAAACAGUCGUUAUGUUUCUGCAUUAACCACGUGAUCAGAAAAAAAAAAAUUGCAAUGUUUUGUAAAUUCAGCCAUUGCAUGUUACGAAUGUUAAUUGGUUUUAUGGAUGUCAUUAAAUUGCUUUACUUUCCUA